UUUCAGAGUUUGGUGUCAUAGCCCAAACACCGUUGAGGGAUUGUGCAGUGUGACUGGCAAAAGUAGUGAUGAUGGUGUAGCUCCUAUGUAGAUUCAGACAGGGAAAUCGUCAGAAUGUUUUUCAACAUGGCUCAGUUUGAAGCUAUACUGAUUGGUCUCCUUUUCGCAAGUUUGACCUCGAUUUCUGCUCAGCAGCCUGCCUGCAGAGAGUCAUCUCUUGCGGACAUUGUAUUCCUGGUGGAUGGGUCCUGGAGUAUCGGGAUCCAGAACUUUAAAAAUAUUCAAGAGUUUCUCUAUACCCUUGUGAAUGGAUUUGAUGUUGGACUGGACAAAGUUCGGAUAGGCCUCAUCCAGUACAGUGGAAGUCCUCGCACUGAGUUUUUCUUGAAUUCCUAUAGUGAUAAGAGUGAGAUCCUGCAGUAUCUACAGCAGCUGCCAUACAAAGGAGGAGGAACAAGAACAGGGCUGGGCCUGAAGUUCAUGCUGAACAAGCACUUUGUGGAAUCGGCGGGCAGCAGGGCAUCAAUGGGGGUACCGCAGGUGGCCAUUGUAAUCACCGACGGGCAAUCCCAGGAUAGUGUUGGAUCACCCGCAAAAGCACUGAGGGACCGAGGGGUCACCAUAUACGCCAUUGGCAUCAAAGAUGCUGUGGAGAAAGAACUGGAGGAAAUCGCCAGCAAGCCAGCUGAAAAUUAUGUAUACAACGUGGCGGACUUCGCAGCCCUGAGAGGAAUUUCACAGGCUGUCAUCCAGUUUGUUUGUACCAGGGUGGAAGAGGUGACUCGUCAAGUAUCUCAGGUCUCACAAGCUUCCCCAGCCUGCAGGAAAGCCACGCUUGCUGAUAUUGUCCUUGUGGUGGAUGGUUCAACCAGUAUAAGUGAUGAGAACUUUGAAGAAGUGAAGGAGUUUUUGUACACCUUUGUUAGUGGCCUAGAUAUUGCAGAAAACAAAGUGAGGAUUGGGCUGGUUCAGUACAGUGAUGAUCCAAAGACAGAAUUCCUGCUGAAUCAAUAUUCAUCCAAGAAUGAUAUUCUGAACUACCUACAGAGCUUGCAACAGAAGAAAGGCAGGACUGAUACUAGAAGGGCCCUGGAGUUUCUGCAGAGCCAACACUUUGUUCCCGCAGCAGGGAGCAGGGCAGCAGACAAUGUGCAGCAGAUUGUGAUCCUGGUCACCGAUGGUGAAUCCAUCACUGAGGUGGAUGAUGCUGCCAACAGAUUGAGAAAUAGCGGAGUCACAAUUUAUGUCGUUGGAGUUAAUAUCCAAGGAAAGAAGGAACUUCAAGAUAUUUCCAGCAGACCAGUUCAGAGAUAUACUUAUCAUGUUGCAAAUUUUCUUGGAAUGAAAGAAGCUUCAAAUAAAAUCUUGGAGUCAGUGUGCAAGACAGUUGAAGCCCACAUCCAAGCCUUCGCAGUGCAUUAUGCUGACAUUGUUUUCCUAGUCGAUGGUUCGCAGAACAUGGAAUUCGCAGGAUUCCAGCAGAUCAGAAGCUUUAUCUUCAAAAUCAUUUCUCAGCUCGACAUUGGGCCAGAUAAGUACCGCAUUGGUCUUGCCCAGUAUGAUACUAGUGCACAAACUGAGUUCUUACUGAAUACCUAUGUAACAAAGAUUCAAGUGGCAAAUUACAUCAGAAGUGACAGCAGCUUUACAUUUCGGGGAGGACCAGGGUUAGCAGUGGGCCGUGCCAUUGACUUUGUGCGCAGGACAUUUUUCAGAGAGUCUGCUGGAAGUCGGAAAGGGGAAGGUGUUCCUCAGAUAGUGAUAAUUAUUACUUCAGCACCUUCACAGGAUGACAUUACUCUACCUGCCAGAGCCUUAAAAAAGGAAGGCGUGAAAAUUAUCUCCGUUGGCGUCAGACGUUCCAUCUUGAGCGAGCUCCAGCGUGUGGCUUUUCUGCCUAAUUUUCCAUUUGUUUUCCAGAUUAGUGCUUUUGAUGCAUUGAUUCAAUCAUCUGAACAAGUAUCUAAUGCAGUCAGACAGAUAGUACGAAGAGAGUUUCGAUAUAGAGAAAUGAGAAGGCCACCAGUGUGUCAGUCAGCUUCGAUUGCUGAUAUUGUUUUCUUGGUGGAUGAAUCGGACAGCAUUGGGGCUGUAAACUUCCAAUUGCUGCGUGUUUUCCUUCACAACAUGAUCAAUGCACUGGAAGUGGAGGCCGAAAGUGUCCACAUUGGUUUAGCUCAGUACAGCACCAAUGCAUCAGAAGAUUUCAAUCUCAAAAUGUACCUCAGAAAGUCUGACAUCUUGGACCACAUCAAAUCUAUACAGUACGGCGGAGGGGGCAGGAACACAGGCGUUGCUAUUGAUUUUAUACAGAAGAAUUACUUCACGGAGCAGGCAGGCAGUCGUGCCAGGAAAGGAAUUCCUCAGAUCCUGAUUGUAAUCACCAGUGGCAAAUCCCAGGAUGCAGUUGAGGGCAGUGCAGCUACCCUGCGUCGUUUGGGCGUUACUCUGUAUGUCUUGGGAAUCCAAAAUGCCACUGAGAGCGAGCUGAAGAAAAUUGCAUCACAUCCUUCAAAGAAUUACGUUUCUACAGUUGAGGACUUCACACAGCUGUCAACCAUUGAAGACAUGCUUCAAAAGAAGAUUUGCAAUGAGAUCAUCAAACAAACCACAGUCCAAUCUGUCCAAGUAAAAAGGCUCAAACAAGGCUGUGUCGAAACAGAAGAAGCUGAUAUCUUUUUCCUCGUUGAUGGGUCAGACAACAUAUCCCCUGAGGAACUCAUGGAUAUGAAAAGGUUCCUGGCAGAUGUAGUGAAUGUAUUCAGUGUUGGUGCAGACCAGGUUCGUGUGGGAGUUGUCCAGUUUGCAGAUAGUCCCCGGACUGAAAUUGGAAUCACUCAGCAUACCAGCCAAACAGAUUUGGAGAAAGCGAUUAAGCAAAUCUCUCAAAUGGGAGGAGGCAUGGCAACUGGCCGUGCUUUGACCUACAUGAGGAAUCUUCUCAGCAAUGCCGUGACAAGUCGCAGACAGAGGGUGAGGCAUAUCCUGAUCACUAUCACAAGUGGACAGUCAAAUGACCCUGUGAGAAGCCCUGCUGCAGAGCUGAGGAGACAGGGAGUAGAUACUUAUGCAAUAGGAGUGGGAAACACAGAUGAAUCUGAACUUCUGCAAAUUGGAGGAACUAGAGAAAGAAUCUUUUAUGCCACCAACUUUGAUGCUUUGAAAGAUGUGAAGAAUAACAUUGUACGGGAACUCUGUUCUAAGGAAGCCUGCAGAAAGCUGGAUAUGGCUGAUAUCAUCUUCCUAAUUGAUGGAUCAGGCAGCAUAAACCCUGAGGAUUUCCGAAAAAUGAAGACAUUUAUGGAUGCCAUUGUGAACAAGACCUCUAUGGAAGUCAAAAGUGUGCAUAUAGGUCUGAUACAGUUUGCCUCAAGCCCCAAGCUAGAGUUUGAACUUAACGUACAUUCAAGGAAAGCUGACCUACUCACAGCGAUCAGUAACAUGCAGCAGCUGGGAGGGGGGACUCUCACAGGUCGUGCACUGAGAUUUGCAGUGGACUAUUUUGAUGAAGCUGAAGGGGGUCGCCCUAACAUUCCACAGUACCUCAUAGUGAUAACCGAUGGAGAGGCACAGGAUGAGGUCCUUCAACCAGCCAAAGCCCUGAGGAAUAAAGGAAUCACUGUGUUCGCUGUAGGCAUAUUCAAUGCUAACAGCACUCAGCUUCUGGAAAUUGGAGGAGCUUGGGAUAAAGUUCACUAUGUGGAGAACUUUGAUCUGCUGGACACCCCAGAAAAACAGAUCCUCUGGGAGAUUUGCAGCCAGCCUGAAGUUUGCUUGAGAACUGAAGCAGCAGAUAUUCUUUUUGUGAUUGAUGGAUCAGGCAACGUACAACCGUACGAUUUUGAGAGGAUGAAAAGUUUCAUGAUGAUGUUGGUGAACAGCUCAGAGGUGUCCCCCAGCAAGGUUCAGUUUGGUGCCAUACUCUACAAUAAUGAUCCUGACAUUCAAUUCCAGCUCAGUCAAUUCAGCAGCAAAAACGAGGUCCGCCAAGCUAUUAGUCAAAUGCAAAUGAAAGAAGGACCCACUUUCACUGCACGUGCACUUCAACAGGCCAAAAAACUUUUAACCCUAGAGAAAGGAAGUCGGCAGAUGGCAGGGGUUUCGCAGUUUGUCAUCGUGAUUACAGACGAAGAAGCUGCGGAUUCAUCAGCAGUGCCAGGGGUGGCGGAAGACAUCAGAGAGGAUGGAGUGACUGUCCUUGCUGUCGGAAUAGGAGAAGCCAACAAAAGAGAGCUCGAGGCUAUAGGAGGCUCAAGGGAAAACUACUUCUAUGUUCAAGACUUUGACGCCUUGAAAAACAUCACGAGGGAUCUCUUGUUGCUCAUUUGUACAAACACAAAUCCAGAAUGUGGUCUUCAACAGGCAGACAUUGUCUUUUUAGUUGAUGGAUCUGAGAGCAUUAUGGCUGAAGACUUCAGUUACAUUAAAUCUUUCGUGAAAAACAUGGUUAGCUUUUUCAGUGUUGUCCCCAGCAUGUUCCAGUUUGCUCUGGCUCAGUUCAGCACAUCGUUUCGAAAAGAAUUUGACUUGAAGGAUUUUCCAGACAAAAAGACACUAAUGGCUGAAAUUGAAGAAAUGGUUCAACUGAAUCAAGGGACUCGGAUUGGACCAGCACUGAUGAACGUGACCAGGCUGUUCACGAGAGAGGCAGGUAGUCGGAAAGCUUCGAAUGUGCCCCAGUUCCUGGUGGUGAUCACUGAUGGAAGGUCGAAAGAGGGUGUGAUGGGCCCAGCUGAUAACCUGAGGGACAAUGGGAUUGAAAUUUUGACUGUAGGGGUAGGGCAGGCAGAUCUGAAACAGCUUCUCCAAAUCUCUGGGUCACGAGACAGGAUCUAUUUUGUCGACAGCUUUCGAGAUUUGGGCAAGAUUAAACAGAGGAUUGUCCGCAGCCUUUGUGAGGAUCAGCCGGGAGCAGGAUGUACCAUUGAUAUUGCUGUGGGAGUUGACCUUCCCAGUCAAGCACGCUUCUCAAAUGCACUAGGCAGUCAGCUGAACCUGCAGAUGCAGCAACUGGACAGCUUAAUCCAAAGAAUGACAGACUUGCACAACAUCAGCUGCAUUGCAGGCCACAGUCUCAAUGUCCGGGCAGGAUUUCACAUCACCGAUAGAGUCGGAAGAAUACGUUUCGAGUCAGAUUUUGAAAGCUAUAAUUCAGAUGUCUUAAGAAAUGCAAGAUCAUUCCAGCUGUCAGCGAUGGACCAGAUCAGUUUGACUGCUGAUUAUUUGUUGUCGUUUGAGAACAAAUUUGAGCGGGAGUCAGGCAAAAAUGUGAAGGUGAUAGUGAUGUUUACCAACGGAGUAGCGGACAGCAUGAAUAGACUCAAGGAAGCAUCAAACAGACUCCGGCUUAAUGGUGUCAAUGCACUAAUCACAGUUGCUCUGGAAAACACUGCGAAUGUUGAUAAGCUUCAUGAACUGGAUUUUGGCAGAGGAUUUGGCUACAAACACAAACUAGCCAUUGGAAUGCAUGAUAUCGGGAGUGCAUUGCGUACUGAGAUUGACACGGUUGCAGAAAGAGAAUGCUGUGAUAUAAUUUGCAAGUGUUUUGGACAAUUGGGUAAACAUGGACAACAAGGAGAGCAAGGAAUUAAAGGUAUCUCAGGACCACCAGGAACAUCGGGUUAUGCAGGCGAAGAUGGGGGUUUGGGUGAAAGAGGCCCUCCAGGCAUUACAGGACCUCGAGGAGCUGAAGGAUGCCAAGGUGCCAGGGGCCUGAUGGGAGAAAGAGGGUAUCGAGGCGAGAAGGGUGAAACAGCUGAAAAUGGUGCACCUGGGACAAAUGGAGAGCAGGGGGCGCCUGGAAUUCCUGGAACUGCUGGACCAAAAGGGGAUUAUGGAAAUACUGGAAAUAAAGGCCCACCUGGAUUCAAAGGUGAGCGUGGAGAUGUUGGAAUACCGGGUGACCCUGGCGCCCCUGGUCAAGAGAAUUAUGUCAGAGGAUAUCCUGGUGAAAGAGGAAACCCAGGUGUACCGGGCGAACGUGGAGCAAGUGGCACACCAGGCUUCCGUGGUAGGAAAGGAAAUAAUGGGCGGCCUGGCCGGAGAGGACUUGUGGGUAAAACGGGUGUCAGGGGACUUUCCGGCUACCCAGGAUCCAUUGGGCCCUCUGGACUCCAUGGCCAACAGGGAUCUGCAGGAGCUGUUGGACUGAAAGGAGUAAAAGGAGAGCAAGGAUUACCAGGGAUUCCGGGUGCUCCAGGAUUGUUUGGCUUCAGGGGUGCCAAAGGUAACCAAGGACUCCAAGGAGGAAGGGGUGUAACUGGAGACUCGGGUGAGAAAGGAGAACCUGGAAUAGCUGGACCUCGUGGACUACAGGGUUUGGAUGGGUAUGAUAACAUUGGAAGGCCUGGAUCAAAAGGACAGAAGGGAGUGCAGGGACCCCCUGGUUAUCCUGGUGUGCAGGGAGUGGAUGGUUUCCUCGGCAUCAAUGGCAGAAGAGGACCUAAAGGAAUAAGAGGACGGAGGGGUGAGUCUGGCGUUAUUGGUGAUCGAGGAAAUCUGGGAGAAGCAGGACGUCCAGGAAUAAGGGGUUUCAAAGGGCCACCGGGGAUCACACCUAUGAAACCAUGUGAAUUUGUGACGUAUUUUAGAGAAAAAUGUCCUUGUUGUUCAUCAGGAAGAACGGAAUGCCCUGUGUAUCCCACUGAGGUGGUGUUCGCUGUAGACAUGUCUGCAGAUGUCACACAAGCCAUAUUUAAUAGAAUGAAGACUAUGGUCAUUAAUUUUGUGCAGGAUCUUAAAAUCACUGAAAGUAACUGCCCAACAGGAGCCCGUGUGGCAAUUCUUACUUACAGUUCCACGGCAAAAACAUUCAUUAGAUUCUCAGACUUCAGAAGCAAGCAAAAGCUUCUAGAAGCACUACAGAAUCUAGCUUACGAGAGAUCAAGCAGCAGGCGGAAUGUAGGGACUGCAAUGAGGUUUGCUGCAAAAAAUACAUUCAAGCGUGUCCGCCAUGGUGUUCUAGGCAGGAAAGUGGCAAUAUUUAUUACUAACGGUCCAUCUCGUGAAAUAUCAGAGGUUGCAACCGCUGCUUUGGAGUUCAGCGCCAUGGAUAUCACACCAGUUGUCAUUUCUUUUGCUAAUGUCCCCGAAAUUCAGCGUGCCUUUGAGAUUGACGAAACAAGAAUGUUUCAGGUGGUUGUGCUGUCAAGACAACGGCAAGAAGCACAAGAACAGUUACGCAAAGUCCAGUUAUGUACUUUCUGUUUUGACACAUGUGAACCAAAUGCCCAGUGCCAACAAGCCAUCUCUCCACCUCCAAUCCCAAUCAACAUGGACAUAGCUUUUGUUGUUGAUUGCUCACGCAAUCUGAGAAUGAUGGACUUUGAGAGAAUAAAGGACUUCCUCAACUCAAUGCUUGACAUGUUUAUGAUCUCAAGAAGCCCGAAGACCUCAGAUAAUCGUGCCAGGGUAGCCCUCGUGCAGUAUUCGCCACCAGGUUACCUGCCCGGAUCUGGCCAGAUGCCAGUCAACCUGGAGUUUGGCUUCUUGAGCUAUGGCACCAAGAGCUUGAUGAAGAGACAUAUAGAGAAUUCCUUUAAAAAGUUGGAAGGCUCUUCAUGGACUGGCCAUGCCAUUGAAUGGACCCUCAAUAACGUUUUCUUAAGUGCUCCAAAUCCACGACGACAUAAAGUGAUAUUUUUAAUACUUGCAGGAGAAACCAAUGCCUUUGACACAGAGAAGCUAAGGGCCGUAUCAUUACAAGCUAAGUGUAAAGGUUUUGUGAUCUUCGCAUUCUUCCUUGGAAGGGAUGUCACCAGAACCAAUCUGCAGGAGCUUGUGAGUGCUCCUUCUGAUCAACAUUUAGUUCACCUGGACCAUCUGUUGAAUCAUGAAAUGACAUAUGUCCAAAGGUUUGCACGAGCCUUUCUGAAAAGUCUCACACUUAGAAUCAACAGGUACCCGUAUCCAGCAUUGCAGAGAGAAUGCCAGAGAGCAGCAUUAGUUCGGUCUAGGCCAGAAGAAACACCACAAUCUUUAGAAGGAGUUGCAAGUGUAGGGGGACCAGAAACCAUACAAAUUGUGGAGGAGGACGAAUUUGAAGAAGAGAUGGAAUUCCCAGAAGGAGCAAAAGCUGACAGUACAACAGACAUGAUUUAUGACAUGUGCUUGCUCGAUCGAGAUGGAGGGACCUGUCAGAAUUAUGUUGUGAAAUGGUACUUUGACCAAGAACAACAAGGCUGUUUGCAGUUCUGGUAUGGUGGAUGUGGAGGAAACAAGAAUCAGUUUGACAGUCUGGAGGAAUGUGAAGCCUCAUGCCCCAGAUCCCGCUAGGAAAUGUCACAGCACUAAUGUACAAUAAGAAUCAGAUUUUGAAAACAGACAUUUGGGAGAUUACUGCAUCAUAAUGAAUAAGGCCAAGAGCUCUGUGGACCCAGCCAGUGUGAAACUGAGCUGGAUUUGGAUUGUGUACACAUCUUAUAUAUAACUUGGACUUUGUUAGAGGUUUAGCUCCGCUGGGCUAAGGAGCGAGAAGUCAGCCAGAAAUUUCCAGACUACUAUAACAAUGUGCUUUUUGUCAACUGUCUGUUUGCAUUGAGCUUUGGAAAGGAAAGAAACAUACUUGGCUGUGAAAUUUUGUGUUGGAAUAGCCCAUUAUGCUUACUCUUGAAGUUCAUACAUGAAUAAUGUUUGUUGCCUAACAAGGUAUGAACAAAUUCAGGAAAGGUUGGGAGGUGGGAGGAGUAGUAUCAGGUGAAGUUGUUGAAAAAAAAUCUACCAAGCAUUCUUUGUAUGCAAAUACGUUGUCGUUUGUGCAGAUAUCACCUAAUUGUCUGUUAAAAUCAUAUGUGUUCUGGUUAAGGUAUUCAAAAUAGGAGAGCAAUGUCUUUUGUGUUCAACAUUUGAAAAGGUGCAUGCCUCACCAUUGUAACUUGACCUGUGCCCUUUGUUACAUAUUUUGUAGGCAGGUGGAAUCUGAUUUAGGACAAGGAGAGGGCACUUUAGAUUGGAAAGGUGGUCUCAUUUCAUUGAAACGAGUCCUUUGUAGGAUAAUGGUGAGAAUUCUGUGGUUUCUUUAUAUACGUUUCCUGACUCUAUUUCUGCAGCACACCUGUCCCGGCUGCAAAGAUAUUACCCUUGGACUUGAAUAAAAAUCAACUUGCAACAGCUGUUCCACUUGUAAUAUAUCUG